AUGCUAUUUAUUUACUGGUUCUAUCUAAUUGUUGGGCAAACGCUGGCACAGAGCUUACAAACAGAUAAAGACCAAGGUGGUAACGAUGAUGACAUUACAUAUAUUAUGGAUACAAACCAAUUUUAUAAUUUUACCAACAGACCAGAUGCUUAUACGAUUGUCAAAUUCUAUACUACAUGGUGUUCACAUUGCAAAAUCUUGAAACCUGUGUUCCAGGAAGUCGCUGGAAACUUCCACGAUGAGAAUCUAGCUGGCGUGUCCAAGAUCAAUUUUAUCGAAGUAAACUGUGAUGUGUUCGGUAACAAUCUAUGCUCGAGCUUACCUGGAUUUCCUAUUAUCCACGUCAUUAAACCCAGUGAUAAUACUAUAGAGUCUCAUGAGGAUGAAGAGAACAAAAAGGUUACUUCACAAGAGGAAUCUUUAUGGAACAAAUUAUUAAAUAAGGUAUGGGCUACAAAGGUAAAUCGCAAUACUUUUAUUGAACCUACAAGGGUUGUACAAUUCGAAGGCAGAAGAGACGCUCCAACUAUUGAAAAUUUCAUUAGAACGAUAAUCGCCAAGGAUAAUGAAGUUGCCAUUAUCAAGACAGUGUUGAAUCCUACGAUCACCUGUGAUUCGAUGGACGAACUAUGCCAGCUUGGAAAGAAGUAUCUUGAAGAGUUACAAGCAAACAACAUACUUAAGAGGGGUACUCAAGGUUACGAGCUGGUUGGCAGUAACAAUAGUAUCGAUGCCGAGAGAUCCAAAUUAAACAACAUUCAAAGAAACAUCGAUCUUGGCGGUGCUGGUGCAGAGGACGCAAUGGCUAUUUCAAGAGUGAAAAAUUUGAAGUUUCUUUAUGCGUUAUUGAACCAUUUAGAAGAUUCCAUGGUAAGUCAGGUCCGCGAUGAGCUGUAG